AUGCAAAUGUUGGGCGACCUUAGUCCUGAAGCCACAUUCGGUUCGUCGUCGUCUCACGCCUCCCUUCCGCUCCCCCAUUCUUCCCUCGCCCCAUGCAAGGCGAGAGGCUCAUACUUCCGCGUCCACUUUAAGAACACGCGCGAGACAGCGCAGGCGAUCAAGCACAUGGAUCUCACCAAGGCGAAGCGGUUCCUCGAGGACGUGAUUGCGCACAAGCAGGCCGUGCCGUUCCGCCGCUUCUGCGGCGGCGUGGGGCGCACGGCGCAGGUGAAGCUGGUGCACACCAACGGCCAGGGCCGCUGGCCCGCCAAGUCCGCGCGCUUCCUGCUCGAUCUGCUCAAGAACGCCGAGAGCAACGCCGAGGUGAAGGGGCUUGAUGUCGACUCCCUCCACGUGAGCCACAUUCAGGUCAACCGCGCGCCCAAGCAGCGCCGCCGCACGUACCGCGCGCACGGUCGCAUCAACCCCUACAUGUCGUCCCCGUCCCACAUCGAGUUGAUUCUCUCAGAGAAGGAGGCGGAGGUCAGGAAAGAGGCUGAGGAGGGUAGCCGCAAGACGAAGAAGCAGAGCAGGCUCGCAAACUAA